UCGUAUCGUCACAAAAAGAAAGAUUUGCUUUGUUUCCCCAUUUCUUUCUCUCUCAGUCACGUACGGAUCGGUGGUGUUAAGAAUGUGGUUAAAUCCAGAGGAAGUUUUAUUGAAAAAUGCACUGAAACUCUGGGUUACGGAGAAAUCCAAUGACUAUUUUCUCCUACAACGAAGAAGAGGGCAUGGAGACACCGGGGGGAAGAUUUCAGGCAUGCUGGUGGGGGCGCUGGAUACGAUGUUGGACUCAAACGCUCGCGUUGCUCCAUUCCGGAUCCUUCUACAGGUUCCAGGGUCACAGGUCAGCUGGGUCAUUGCCAGUGGGGCUGCUGCGGAGGAGGUCAAUUCACACUGGCGUUGGCUGGAGCUGAACCUGCUGCACUCUCUCUCGGUGUUCGAGAACAAAGAAGACGCCGCCAAUUUCGUUAAGGGCAAAGUCAAGGGUUUGAUAGCAGAGGAGGUGCGUGGUGGGCAGGCGGCUCAGGAGGAGGACCCGGAGCGGUUCCGUGAGGCUCUGGUUCGGUUUGAGCAGCGGUUCGGUCUGCCCCACAGAGAGAAGCUGGUCACGCACUACUCCUGCUGCUGCUGGAAGGGCCGCGUACCACGGCAGGGCUGGCUCUACCUCAGCACCAAUCACAUCGCUUUCUACUCCUUCCUGCUCGGAAAGGAAGUGAAGCUGUUGGUGCCAUGGGCGGAGGUGACGGGGCUGGAGCGUGUGACGGUGGGCCUGAUAACAGAUGUGGUACGUGUGCACACACGUAAGCGUCAGAGGGACUUCUCCAUGUUUCUGAACGUUGAGGAGGUCAUGACGGUGAUGACCCAGCUGGCCGACAUCGCCCUGCGCAGACUCCUGGAUAGUGGAGGAUUGGAACUGGACCAUACUCUCCAACAGCCCACGUCCAUCACCAAGAGGGUGUUGGAGGAGCAGGCUCUAAGGCAAUACGUUCUGUCUCUCUUCGGUCUCCCGCGGGCGGAGCAACUGAAGGAGGUGGCGCAGUGUUCGGUGUGGACGCCCCACGCACGCUGCCACACGCCUGGCACCCUCUACGCCACCGACAGCUACCUCUGCUUCAACAGCCGGGAGUCUGGAGUCUGCGUUCUGCUCAUCCCGUUGGCCGAGGUCCUGUCUAUAGAGAAGGUGGAAACCACAAGCGCCUUGCCAAACCCAGUGAUUGUCAGCGUGCGGUCCAAACGUGCGUUCCAGUUCAUUGAGUUGUCUGACCGUGAUGAACUGGUGGACAACCUGAACGACAGGCUCCGAGCACUGCACUGGAAGCAGGCAGUCUUCCGUGGCCAGAGCCAACGCAAGAAAAGCCUGAUCUCUCCGACCCCGUACUACACCUUCUGCUACGACACCAUGUACGAGACAGAGGACGCUGAUGUCAUCUCUGAAAAAGCACUGAGACACACUGUACAAACAGAGGCCUUGAUCACCACCUUCCACCACAACCAAUCAGACUCUCCCAACAACAAAUGUAACGCAGAGCAGCGAAAAGAAAGACUUUGGGAAGACCACUUCGCUGAGUUUGGCCGCGGCGUCCACAUGUUUCGCACUGACAAGAUUCGCAGGCUGGUUGCCAUGGGGAUCCCGGAGUCUCUGCGUGGGGAGCUGUGGCUUACCUUCUCAGACGCCUGCUCUUCCCUGACGGCCCACCCGGACUACUACAGUAAGCUGGUGGAGGAGAGUAUGAGAGGUAGCAGUGUGGCCACUGAGGAAAUUGAGAGAGACCUUCACCGCUCUCUGCCCGAACACCCCGCGUUCCAAAACAACACGGGAAUCUCCGCCCUGCGGAGGGUGCUCACCGCCUACGCGCACCGCAACCCCAAGAUAGGCUACUGCCAGUCUAUGAACAUUGUGGCGUCCGUGUUGCUGCUGUAUACUAAAGAGGAAGAGGCCUUCUGGCUACUGGUCACCGUGUGUGAGAGGAUGCUUCCAGACUACUUUAACCGGAGAGUCAUAGGUGCACAGGUGGAUCAGUCUGUGUUUGAGGAGUUGAUCCGUGAGCGCCUCCCUGAUUUGGCCGAGAACAUUCCAGAUCUUGCUCCACUGGCCUCAGUGUCUUUGUCCUGGUUCCUGACGUUGUUCCUGAGUGUGCUCCCGUUCCGGAGUGCUGUGUGUGUUCUCGACUGUUUCUUUUUUCAUGGGAUCAAAGCUAUAUUUCAGCUCGCGCUCACGGUGCUGGAUGCUAACGCUGCCGAGCUGUCUGCUAGCACUGACGAUGGUCAGGCACUGAUGAUACUGACCAGUUUCCUGGAGCAGGUCAGACAUGAUGACGAGGCCUGUGAGUGCUCAGAAGAGGCUGGACCUGCGACUGGACACACACACAUCACCACUCUAAUCGCUGAUGCCUAUGAGAAAUUUGGGGACCUGACAGUGAAACAUCUGGAGAGACUCAGAUGCAGACACAGGAUCCAAGUACUGCAAGCUCACGAGGACACCACCAAAGAGAACGCACUGAGACUUGUGACACCUGACGUGUCCGUGACGCCAGACGACCUGUCGGAUCUCUAUGACGUCUUUAAGACAGAGCACUUCAUAAACCUGUACUGGGGAGACGGCGUGUGUUCUGCCCCGGAUCUCCCCACCCUGCGCCGGCGUGAUUACCCGGAGCGGUACCACGUGGACCAGGCCCAGUUCAAAAGCCUGUACCAGCUGCUGGUGCCCUGGCUGUGUGGCCCACACACAGACACUGUGGCACAGCGGACCUUCACCUUGCUGGACCACAACAGAGAUAAUCUCAUCAACUUCUCUGAGUUUGCUCGUUGGAUCGACACUCUCUACUGUGGGGAGUUCAAUGAGAAGAUAAGGCUGCUUUAUCACCUACACAUCCCCCCAGCUCUGACUGACCCUGAAGAGGAGCCCUCCCCUCUGAAGAGUCCUGUUCUCUCCACGACCAGACCGCUUUACGUUGACCUGCCCAACGGGGAGACGAAAGGUUAUGGUGAACAGCUGAAGCAAAUGCUGAAGGACCUGGCUCUGGAGAAGGACAAGGACGUAGAGCAGCCGCUCCCUCAGAUGAAUCAGUGGGAAUUCAUUCAGUUUAUCAAGACACUCUACAGCAUGUUCCAAGCCGACCAGAUUGAGAGCGAACUUUUUCAGGCCAUCGGCAUGGUUACCAGCUUGGUGUUACAAAUCGGGGAGGCGGGUCACAGGGACACCCAAUCAGGAGAGGGCUCCUUCAAACAGGAGGGGCCAGCAGAAAGGAAGGAAGAAACAGACUCGGAGCAGGCCUCCGGCGCCGUGGCCGGCAGAGGACGCGGGAGCGGAAGCGCUUCCGGGUCAGAGGGCGACUGGACAGUGAGUUUCGCUCAGAUUCUGGCGUCUCUGCUGACCGAACAGGCUCUGGUGAACUUCUUCGAGAGGCCGCUGGACCUCGGCUCAAAACUCGCCGAAGCCAAGAAGAGGCAGUACCAGGAGCGGGCGGGCCUGCUCAUGAUUCAGCACGGGACCAGCUGAAACCCAGAGCUCUCCACAGAACUUAAACCUUCUGUGUGAGUGUGUGAUUAAAGAGAGAGAGGUCUUGGAUCGAGAAUCCGUAGCUCUGCGCUCAUAUACGCGUUUUCUGUCCACGGACGCCUCAGUCAGUACGCAAACCGGUUUUGUUCAGGACCUGGGUUCAGAAGAACUGGGCAAACCUAGACCUUCUGAAGAUCUAGAUUAAUGUGAAGUUUAAGUGAGCUUAUGUAGAGGUUUAAUCAGUAUGAAACUGAACUUACCCAGAGGACCGGACCCGGCUCCUCAGACAGCCCAAAGCCACAGAGUCUUUGGGGGUGAAAUAGGGGAGCGUGCUUGUUCUGAGUGAGCUGGACUCCCUUACGUGGUGCUUCAGCCUCAGUGGCAUUCUCUAAAACAUUUCAGUGAAAGCUGUUAAGCUACUGCUGUAUUGUCUCCACCCGACUCCUUACUCAAUCAGUAUGGUAUUUUAGUGUCAUGGUUUACUGGUUUCUCCACGUUUGUUGGG